CAGAGAACACGGUGCACAGUCGUACUUCUUUGGUAUUAAAUAGAUUCUAAAAGGAUAAAAUUAAAAAUAAAUACUUUUAGAAUAAAAUUAAAAAUCGCUUUCAUUGUUAUCAGAACCUGUAUCCUCAACUACCAAUAAUAAUAAUUAUUAAUGCAUUAGCCUAUUUUUUAUUUAUUUGUUGACGCCGCCUAUGGUUAACUGCUUUUUAAGGUUUUAUUGAUAUCUCCUGAUAGCAAUCAAAUAUACUCACAUGUAUAUAAGGAGAGACGGUAACCCAAGCGUCGAAUUUUAUGUUAUGCAACAUGAAGUUGUUGAUUUUCAUAGUUUUAAUGCAUCUACUGUACAAACAUGCCAAUUCUAGCAGAAUUUUGGGUAUAUUUCCUAGUCCUGGUUACAGCCAGUAUAUCGUCGGAGAAAGACUGAUGGGCGCGCUAGCGACAAGAGGACACCAAGUGACAGUAAUAAGCGAACGAGUACCUUCCGAAAAAAUAGAAAACUACGAGAUUAUCAGAAUUAAAACUGAAAAGUACGAAAAUAAAUUCGACUUGACGAAUUGGUCAACAAAAAACACUUUCCAAAUAGAACUCGAGAUGUUUGAGAUAUGCAACUUUUACACGGAGGAACUGCUGAAGUUGGACGAGGUUCAGGAACUCAUCCAUUCGAAUCGCACGUUCGAUUUAGUGAUCGCGGAAACUUUCGUUAACGAUGCACUGAUGGCCUUCGCGGAGCACUUCAACGCCCCAUUGGUGAUACUGAGCACUCAACCGAUGAACGAAUGGAGCGCCGCUUUCGUGGGAAACGUCAGAUUGCCCUCCAUUAACCCGAUGCUGGAAUCGUUGUCUACGAGCCGCAUGAGUUUCCUCCAAAGGCUGCGCAAUUUCAUGAUCAGCACCUUCGAGACCGUUUACAAGGAGUUGUUCUUUUACGGGUUCCACCAGAAAUUGGUGGAUAAAUAUUUUCCUAAUAAAAUCGAUCUGAUGAAGGUGAUCAGGAAUGUGGAAUUGCUGUUGGUGUACGGUCACCCGCUCACCACGGAGCCUUCCUUGAUUACCAGCGCUGUUGUUGAGGUAGCCGGUUUCCACGUUCUGCCCAAGAAACUUCCUGAACGAAUACAAGCUAUUUUGGAUGGUGCCAGUAAUGGUGCUAUAUUAGUUAGUUUGGGAUCGAAUAUACCAUGCCACAAACUCACCGAAGAACAAUUAAAGGUAUUCCUCGGCGUUUUUAGCAAAUUACCACAACGUGUAUUAUGGAAAUGCGAGUUGGAUAUACCUGAUAAACCUAAGAAUUUGUUUAAUUUCAAUUGGUUACCCCAGUCGGAUGUUCUUGCACAUCCUAAUACGAUCGCUUUCGUUACGCAUAAUGGCCUUCUGAGUACCACCGAGGCUAUGUACCACGGUGUUCCUAUGAUUUCCGUACCGGUGUUCUCUGAUCAACGCAUCAACGCUGCAAGGGCUAUCAAACUAGGAGUAGCGGAGAAAGUCGAUUUCCUCAAUAUAAAAGAAUCAUAUUUGCUUGAAGCUAUACAAAAAAUCACCCAAAACCCUAAGUACAUGAAUAAGAUGAAAGAACUAUCCCAGAUGUUCAGGGAUCAGCCGACUAGUCCCUUAGAUAGGGCAGUGAAGAGCGUGGAAUAUGUAUUGAAAUACAGACCUGGAAAAUACUUUAGAAGCCCUGCUAUGGACUUGUACUGGUUCCAGUUGUACUUAUUAGACGUUGUACUAUUUAUAUUUAGUGUAAUUGUCUUAGUUUGCUCGCUGAUGGUAUUUAUUAUUAGAAAAAUAUGUUUCAAAAAAUCUCAGAAGGUAACGUUAUCGGAACCGUUCCAAAAGAAGCAACAAAUCACUCAUCUCUUUGAUAACGCCUAUCUCUAUUCUCUCGUCAAACCUGUCAAAAACGUCAUACGUCAAUGCUAUAAAUGUCAGUCAACUCAACUUUAUCAAAUCAAAACAUCAGCUGAUUGUACAUAUUAA